GGAUGGGGGGGGGGGAUGCUAGGCUCCCGGCUGGGGGCCGCUGGAGUGAGCCACCCCCAGGGCCAGCGGGCAGGUUGUUUCCAGUGCAGCCCGGGAGCUGAGCCCAGGACCGGCUUUGGGCUGCAGAGGGAAAGGUUGGAGAAAGAGGAAAUGAUGCGAAGCGCUCCGGGUGCAGAUGCGCAGGAAGGUCGCAGGGCCGUGGCCUGGCCUGGUGUGCUCCAGAGGGGACGUCUGCUCACCCGCUUCAGCCACCACCAUGUGGUUGUGUUCCUGCUCACCUUCUUCAGCUAUUCAUUGCUCCAUGCUUCAAGAAAAACAUUUAGCAAUGUCAAGGUCAGCAUCUCCAAGCAGUGGACCCCGAGUGCCUGGAACACAUCUACGGAGCUGCCAGCGGAGACCUGGAGCAGUAACCGGUUGUUUCCCAGUACAGAAGAAGCCACACUUUUUCUUGGAACACUGGAUACCAUUUUCCUGUUCUCCUACGCUGUGGGCCUGUUCAUCAGUGGCAUCGUUGGGGACCGGCUGAAUUUGCGAUGGGUGCUGUCCUUCGGCAUGUGCUCGUCUGCGUUAGUGGUGUUUGUCUUCGGCACGCUCACAGAAUGGCUGCACUUCUACAACAAGUGGUUCUACUGUGGCCUGUGGAUCGUGAACGGCCUGCUGCAGUCCACCGGCUGGCCCUGCGUGGUGGCCGUGAUGGGCAACUGGUUUGGCAAAGCCGGCCGGGGUGUGGUCUUUGGUCUCUGGAGCGCCUGUGCCUCCGUGGGUAACAUCUUGGGAGCCUGCCUCGCCUCCUCUGUCCUGCAGUAUGGCUAUGAGUAUGCCUUUCUGGUGACAGCGUCUGUGCAGUUUGCUGGUGGGAUCGUCAUCUUCUUCGGACUGCUGGUGUCACCAGAGGAAAUUGGUCUCCUAGGUAUUGAAAGAGAAGAAAACCUUGAAGAAGACUCACACAGGCCUUUAAUUAAUGCUGAAAAUGAAGAUGAAUAUGAGCCCAGUUAUUCCAUCCCAAAGGCCAGUGAUGUCCCGCAUGUGAAGGCAAUCAGCUUCGGCCAGGCCUGCUGCCUGCCCGGAGUCAUUCCGUACUCCCUGGCCUAUGCCUGCCUGAAGCUGGUGAACUACUCCUUCUUCUUUUGGCUGCCCUUCUAUCUGAGUAACAACUUUGGCUGGAAGGAGGCCGAAGCCGACAAGUUGUCCAUCUGGUAUGAUGUCGGUGGAAUCGUAGGUGGGACACUGCAAGGCUUCAUCUCAGAUGUCCUGCAGAGGAGAGCGCCGGUGCUGGCCCUCAGCCUGCUCCUGGCAGUCGGCUCCCUCGUGGAGUACAGCCGGUCUCCCAACAACAAAUCCAUCAACGCACUCCUGAUGGCGGUGACAGGAUUUUUUAUUGGUGGUCCUUCUAACAUGAUCAGCUCGGCCAUUUCUGCGGACCUGGGUCGCCAGGAGCUGAUCCAAGGCAGCAGCGAGGCCUUGGCAACCGUCACGGGCAUCGUUGAUGGGACUGGGAGCAUUGGCGCUGCUGUGGGCCAGUAUUUGGUGUCUUUGAUCCAGGACAACCUAGGCUGGAUGUGGGUUUUCUACUUUUUCAUUCUCAUGACGAGCUGCACGAUCCUGUUCAUCUCCCCGCUGAUCGCGAGGGAGGUCGCCUCUCUGGUGCGGCGGAGACAAGCUCACGCGUUGCGUGAGUGACUGCUCACGGGAGCACAGGACAGUGGGGACACACGAGAACGGUUAGGUCUUGGGCUGCCCCCACGCCAACCUAACCUCGGCUUGGGAGGCCUCACCGCCUCUGGCUUCCCGGGACCCCUGCCAGCAGGAAGGCUGUGCUGUUUUUCUACACUACAGAAUUCUUGUGAUGACUCCUAUUGUUUUCUGAACGUACUGAGUGGGUGCGAAGCUGCCGGCGUCCUCACUUGGCCUGUUGAGGUUUGUCCCUUUAACCUUAAUUGUCCCAGCCUUGGACGCCUGUUCGCCAUCCCCGAGACUUGAGGGGACCGCAGGCAGCCGUGCUGUCGCCUUUGCUUAGGCAAUGUGUUCGUGGAGAGCAGCUCACCUUUGAAGCAUUGAUCUCGAUGCAGACAGGGCUCCAGCUGGUGGAGCGACAAGCCUGCCCAUGACAAAGGACGCCCUACCCGCGGGGUGGGGAAGACUGCUACCUGCGUCCCGUCUCCACGGCAACCGCUCCAGAGCAGACAGCGCUCCAAGUUAGUGUCGGCUUGCUCUCCGGCUGCGCUCACAGAUGCCUGUGGCUCCUGGCGUGCUCAGCCUCCCUCUGCCAGCUUUGGCGUUGUUGGGACCACUCGGCGUGCAGCCCUCGGCCCCAGGUCUUCGGACUGGGCGCUGCGGGGUCCUCGGGGAGCCAAUCCGCACGGGUCCUGUUUUGUCUGGGAGGACGGGUCUCUGUCACAGGCGGGUUCCUGGGGUCACUUCAGCAGAAGGCUGACUGGAGAAAAGGGAGAGACCUGUUCCCAGAGAGGUCUGACGUGUGUGACCGUCACGCCGGUGGGUUCCCAGCGCGAGAGGCUCUUCUUCAAAGGCGUGGAGUGUGUCUGCGAGGCUGUGACUCUGCUGUUAAUCAACGUGGUAAAGUCUGUCUGUGUAUUUUAAAUUAUGUGAGCACAUAGAAGGAGAACGCGCAAUGUUGAGGGACGCGUUGGAUUAGGGGACAGUUUCUCCAGUCUCUUACCUUAUUCUCCACAAUGUGGUUUACUGAUGAACUGUUAUUUAAUCAUGCAGGUUUCUGGUCACUUUAUCCUUCACUCACUGACAUAAAGGGAAGAUAUGAAACACGGGAAGGGGAACAAACUGACUUUUGUAAUAAAUAACCCUCUGCUGGGCUUUUUAACCUCUGCCUGAGCUUUGCAUCUCAUUUUGUUCUCACUGUGGUGCUGGGGAUUGGACAGAGGGCCUGGCGUGUGCUACGCUGCCCUGUGCCCGGCUCUGCCUUUGAGAUUCUGAGUGGUGCCUUUCCACUUCGUGUAGUGAGUGCCGCUGGGGCGCGGGCGCUGGUGCCGCGGCUUUGCCCGGUCGCACAGCUGUCUUCACCGCCUGUUCUGGUUCCCUGGGCUCCACGAAGAGAGCUCCUCACCCUGGCUGGAAGCUGGUGCGGUGCGGAGUUUGGAUGAGUUGCCGGUUGUGCUCUAAGCUGUGUAGGCCAGUGCCGGCGAACCUACAGCACGCGUGCUGCAGCAGGCCGUUUGUAUCACUGACAGUCUAAAAGGUUCACCAUCACUGCUCUCUCUGGACCCUGCCUUCCUGUUGACCCUCUUGCUUCCACACGGCUCAGUUUCUGGUGCCCCUCAUCAUUAGCAAGGUUGCGUCUUUGUGCCGCGACACUGGCCCGGCCUUCUCACCCAGUGCAGGCAUGGGCGUGAGUGCUCCCUCGAGCGCUCUGUCCUCAGCUGUGCCUGAGGUGCAGCUAGAAAUAAAACAAAUGUUUAGCGCUGGACGGAACGAAUACCGCUCUGUGGCUGUAUUUCUGGUUCUCGUUCUGCAGUGUAUGCCGGAAUUAACUUCCACAAAGCCCAAAAGGUUAACUUCACCUUUUUAUUGUUUCCCUUCAAGAAGAAGCUGUACUGAAAGCCCGUUUAAAAAUGUGUCCUCUGUCAAUUGAAAUAAUUGGGAAAAUGUAAAGCACAGUGGGAGGCUUUUAUACAUAAAAUAAAGGAUUAUUGGAUGUGAAAAA